CAGAGGCUUUAUUUCUCCACAGACACCCAGGACCCGCUGUCCUGCAGCCCUCAUGCACACCGCCCCUGGUGUCCCUGCCGGGGUGGGGCGGGGUGCCAUACAGGGCCCCAGUCUGCAGCCAGUGCCGUUCCCUGAAAGACCCCCUCCUGCGUAUGAUACAGAAGGCGGUUGGUGGGCCCCCAACCCUUCCAUCCUUGCCAUUCUCUGCCUGGGUGGGGAGGUGGGGAAACAGGAUACAGGCCUGAAGUGUGAGUGUGUUGCAGGGUCCACGCGGUCCCUGGGCUCCUGCAGCUGGCGGGCGUGCCAAGGCGGAGGGACCUGAAGGACUGUGGCUACACAAAUGGGCGGGCAAUGGGGGGCUGGGUGAGCAGGGACUCUGGAGACCCCAGUCCCAGGCGAGAAGCCCACCACCCUACACAGCCCUGCAGCCUCGGCCGCAGGGUCCUGCCCGCGAGCACCUUUCCUGGUGUGAAAGUCUAAUCUUGCCUCUGCCCUGACCCCGCCCAAGCCCACUUGUGUGUCAGCUCUGCCUGGAGUCACCUCUGGGCAUAGGUGACAGAAGGGGACCCUCAGACCCCAACACAGACCCUGAGGUAACAUCCGUUUGGAGAUGUCUCCCACCGCAGCAAGACCCUGGGGCUAAGGCCGCUCUUGGCACAGAAUUAGGGCAGGGUGGUGCCCCUAGCCCAGACAGCAGGAGGCGGGCCCUCCCACUGCAGUUUAGACCCACCCUCCUGCCAGUCUGGGUGGCUGGCUAAGUUGGUCUGGGAAUCUGAGUCCCCUGCCGCACAGAGGAGUGGGUCCUGGUGCAGAACCAGAAGGGACGGGCAGCGCAGGUGCAGAGUCUGGGCCCCUGGAGGAGCUCCGGCAGGUCCUGGAGCCCCUCCCGGACAGGGAUGUGGAGGUGCUCCCCAGCCAGGGAGGAAAGGAAGGCAUGGGAGAGGGGACCGGCCACCGGCUGGACUGCCCCACGUGCUCUGCCUGGUCUCCAGGCGGAAGGGCCGCCCCCUGCUGCUUCCAGCACCACCCUUGGCCGCUCUCCCCAGCCGAGGGCCCCCUCAGCCACCUGCCCGCCUCUGUGCGUCCACCUUCCUAAAGGGGUUCGUGAAGCCCCCACCACACCUGCUGGGCCAGAGCGAUGUGCGCCUGGCUCCCUCUGCUGCCUUCGCUCCGGCCCCUCAGGAGCCGUUUGCCUGGGAGCACGGCCACCAGGGGGCCUUCUGGGCACGCCUGGACAACCGGUACUCAGGCCGCACCAUGGGCGGGCGGAUGGGCAGCCAGGCUCCGCUCUCUCUCCCUGAGGCUCCCCUGGGGCUGGGGCUGGAUGGCCCCUUGCCCCCACCCUGGGUGCUGUCUGCUGGGGCGGGAUGAGGGGUUGUGGUCUGUGGCCAGGGCCUGCCCUCCGUCCCUCUGGGUUACAGCUUCCGUUGGUGCCCCCUGGGAGGCUGUCCCUACAGCAGCCUUGAGGGUGCAGCCCUGGGCGAGAGCAUGUCCCUCAUUCCAAGGUGCUUGCCAGCUUGUUGGCAGGCAGAGCUGCCAGCCCGUGCCCCGGGGUGUCGUGAGGCUGGGGUGUGCAGGAUGAGGCCCCGCUUUCCCUUUGACUCACGCUCUCACCUUCUCUUCCCUCUGAGAGCCUCUCAUUCUGACCUGUUUCUGGGCCAAAGCUUGGGGCCCUGUGGCUGCCAGCGCAAGUGGUAGAUGUGGGAUGGGGGACCAGCCGACCCGGGGAAGGGGGGGGCUCCCUUGCAUUCACCCAGGAAGGGAGCAGGCUGUGGGUACAGAUGGGCCUGUGGCAAGGGCCCUGGCCAACCCGGCUGUGCAACAGGAAGGGCAGGGGCACUGCCAGCAAGAAGCCAGGUUGCCGUCAGGCUGUGGGAGGAUCAGCUCCUUCCUGCAAGCCUCCACUCCGCGCAGGGUGCCCACCGCAGGAGGGUGCUGAGCGAGGCCCGGAGCCAGGGCGUGGCUCCUAUGGGCCCCCCACUAGGGAAGAGAUGCCAGGGUGGGGCCCAAGGCCCAGAGCUACCACAUCAUCUUCCUAAGCAUUGGGUGGCUGGUGGCAGUGGUGGGGAGCUGGCACAGCCACCCACUCCCCUCCAGCCGGUGUGGAACCAGGUUUGGAUGCUGCGUCCACACCUUGGGCCCCCCAGAUGGUUUCUGCCGCACGCCACAGCUCCCCCCAACCUGGAUGUUGUGUGCACAAGAGGUUGUGUGGCCAGCAGCCCCCUCCCGGCCUUGCCUCUGCUCAGCAAGCUGCCCAGUUCUGCCCUGAUAGCACUUGGUCCCCACUAAGGGGCAGGAGCCGGGGCAGGCAGGGCGGUGGGAGGCCCCUGGGACGACAGGGCAGCAGACCCUGCUGGCUGUUCCUGGUCGCUGUUCCUUCCGUGACACCAGCCUGAGGCCUCCUAAGCGCUAACCACGAGGGCUGGGCCCCGUCCAGGACCAAGCCGGGGUCUGGCCGGGGCGAGGGCAGCUGACGGGACAGGGCCUGGGCUGGGUUGGGGAGCAGCCAGAGCUCAGGGAAGUCCAAGGCACCGGCCUGCUGGUCUCCCACUCAGAGGAACCUGUCAAAAGGGGAAGGAGCAGGGCCUCCGGGCCUCAGGGCUCCAGGCUGGCUGGAGUAGGCGGGAGGGGAGGGGCUCUGGACUUCAGCCCUCCGUUUCCUGGCACUGGAGCCAGCCCCCUGCCCACCUGCGUCAGGGACACUCCGACUCCUUCCCUUUCCAGCCUGGAAAGCCCCCUCCCUGCCCCCACCCUGCCCUGGGCUGUGGGGCCCGCAGGGAGAGACCUGGAGCCCCCAGGAGCAGCCCUGCCCCCAGGUUCCUGUUCCCGGCCCCGCCAGAACCCUGGGCCUCCCCGCAGCCUGGGGCUCCUGCACACUUCAGUCCUUGGGCAGAGAAGGAAGGCACAGCAGGCCUGCAGGCCACCCGAGACCAGGCCCAGCCCCGUGCCCGCCCGCUGCGGGUGUGUGCUAGGGCCUCGUGGGACCCUGGGAUGGACCCCUGUCUGGGAACCUGAGUUCUGGCACAAGGGGCCCUAGGGGCUGCAGGCGUGGGGUGGGGCGGCACAGCCAGAAGCCAAGAGAGAAACCUCAGUCUGCGGCGAAGAGCUGAGCGCAGCACAUCUACAGCCCUAAGCGAGGGUCUGGGAGCCCCGGACAGAGCUGGUCUGUUGAUUGAAGCACAGCGCUUCCAGGUGCAGCUGGGCACCGGGCCCAGCUGUGAUUUCAGGGCACCUCUGCCUGGCAGCUACUGUGAUUUCAUAUCCUUGGGUUCCUGGGUGACUGAUUCUGGGAGCUGCGGAUGAAGAAUGCCGGGUGUGGCUCUGCCCGGAGGCUUUGGGCCUUGGGGGGCCUGACUGGGGCAACCUUGCUCUCAGCCCUCUGGCUCCUGCAGCUACUCCGGCGGGCCCCUGGGGGAGCCCCGGUGCCCCAGCCCAAGCUUGUCCUCGUCUGGCACUGGCCCUUUGCCGACCGGCCCCCGGAACUGCCCAGCAAUACCUGUGCCAGCUAUGGUGUGGCCCACUGCCACCUGAGCACCAACCGCAGCCUUCUGGCCAGUGCCGAUGUCGUGGUCUUCCACCACCGCGAGCUGCAGACGCGGCAGGCCCGCCUGCCCCUGGCUGAGCGGCCACGUGGGCAGCCCUGGGUGUGGGCCUCAAUGGAGUCACCCAGCCAUACCCACGGCCUCGGCCUCCUCCGAGGCAUCUUCAACUGGGUGCUGAGCUACCGGCGCGACUCAGACAUCUUUGUACCCUACGGCUACCUGGAGCCCCAUGACGGGCCAGCCCCACCGCUGCCCGCCAAGACCAGGGUGGCUGCCUGGGUGGUCAGCAACUUCCAGGAGCGACAGCCACGGGUGCGGUUGUACCGGCAGCUGGCGCCUCACCUGCGGGUGGAUGUAUUUGGCCGCGCCCACAGGCGGCCGCUGUGUGCCCACUGCCUGCUGCCCACUGUGGCCCAGUACCUCUUCUACCUGUCUUUUGAGAAUUCACAGCACCGAGACUACAUCACUGAGAAAUUCUGGCGCAAUGCGCUGUCGGCUGGUGCUGUGCCUGUGGUGCUGGGGCCCCCGAGGGCCAACUAUGAGGCUCUUGUGCCACCUGACGCCUUUGUGCAUGUGGAUGACUUCGGCUCAGCCCGUGAGCUGGCCGCCUUCCUGGCUGGCAUGAAUGAGAGCUGCUAUCGGGGCUACUUCGCCUGGCGAGAGCGGUUCCGUGUGAGGCUGUUCAGCGACUGGCGGGAGCGCUUCUGCGCCAUCUGCACCCAUUACCCCCACCUGCCCCGCGACCAGGUCUACCAUGACCUGGAGGGCUGGUUCCAGGCCUGAGCCUGGGCUGCUGGGGGAGGCAGGGGAGGGCAACCGGGCGCUGGUGGUGUGGUGGGAGGCUGGAUGUUGAAAUCAAACCAUGGGGCAUCCGGCCCCCAUGGGCAGCUGUCAGAUUAACCCUGAGGCUGGGGUGGGAGACCAGGAAGCAUGGGUGAGGGAGAAGCAGCGGGUCUGAGCACGCUGCCUGGAGGAGGCUGGCGAGUACUGCAGCAGGCGUUUGGGGGUGGAGAUGACAGCAGGAGGAGGCUAGUGUGGUGCAAGUUGCAGCUGGUCAGAAGACGGGCUGCUGAGGACCUCCCUGUCCACCCUGAUCAGAUCCCGUGGGGGGGGUCAAGGCUGUCCUCAGAUGUGGGGCUGAGACUAGAGACAGGGCUCUUGGGGCUGCAGACAUGCCCCUCUGUAACAGAGGGCCCUGGCGGGGAGCAUGCAGCUCAUUGGCCUGCCCCUUCCACAGUGCCAGAGCCCCUCGUGCAGACCCAUGCCAGGCAGGGAUACCGUGCCAAGCACACCAGGUUGGUCAGCUUUUUGCAUCCUGCAGUCCACUUGGGGAGGGGCAUCAACCAAUAAAGGAAGAACAAGAA